GCAUUUUGCAGGCUUUGGAGCCCUGCCCUACCUCCAAUUUUCCCACAUCAUGGCUGCCAAUAGAAAGAGAAAGGACAACAAAGGAAGCCCACAACUUCCCAGAAAAGAGAUAGAGGACCUUCCACCAGCUCCAGCUGGAAAGAAAUGGGUCAAAAAGAGAAGAUGGUGGAACUGCACACCAGUCAAGUGUUUCCUCCUGAUAUUGGUUGCUAUAUUUGUCCUUAACUUUGCCUCACUAAAGAGAGAAGAGAAAGCACUCUUUCCUCAAGGGGAGCUCUAUGACAUAGGAUGGGGUCAGAAACUGUUUAUGAGAUGCACAGGGAAAGGUACUCCAGUUGUACUGCUGGACUCACCGAUAGGAGAGACAUCGGACAUAUGGACGAUGGUAGAACCGUUAUUAAAUAAACAUACAAAAGUAUGUGUAUAUGACAGAGCUGGGCUAGGAUUCAGCCACAGAGGAUACAGGAAUACAACUGAAUAUGCUCAAGAUUACGGUAAAGAAGCAAAGAGACGUGACACGCUAACACUGGGAACUGUUGAGAGAAUGGUUGAUGAUUUGCAUCGGUUGCUACAUGUUAGUUCAGUGGUCAGUGAUUCAAAUACUCCACUUCUACUAGUUGGUAUGGAUUUCUCUACUCUGAUAUCACGAUUCUAUGCUCAGUUCUAUGAGAAUGAAGUUGCCGGUCUAGUAUUGAUAGAUCCUUUAGUUGAGACACUGUUUGAUAAUAAUUCAACUUGGAGCCAAUAUUGGUACAAUGAGGUCAUCUCACAUGUGAGGGUUCUCUAUCUCUCGUCGCUAAUUGGUAUCAACAGGAUAGCUCUAUUAACCGGUUACAUAAAACCGAUUGAGAAUAAGAAAGUUGUCAAAAUAGUCAGCGAAAAUAUUGUAAACAGACGAAAAUAUUUAAUGUGCAAUUCGGUUCAUCUAUCCUCUGUCAUUGAAGAAAUUGCCAUGACCAAUGACAGCCUUGCACAAGUCAAGACCGUACUCAAGGUGAAGCCAUUCCCACAAGAUAUACCAGUAGCUGUGGUAAAGUAUAAGGACUUUGAUAAAUCAGCAGAAGAUAUUAAAAAGUUGUGGAAUACCGAGCAGGAAGGAUUAAAGAGAGUCCACAGUCAGUUAAAGGAGUAUUUUAUACCAGGAGCUGAUUUCAAUAGCAUGUACCUUCACCCUCAGGCAAUCGCCAGCAUCAUAUUAAAAUCAAUUAACCAAUGGAGAGAAGAUAAUGUGAAACAAUGAUAAUAAUAAUAUAAAAAUAAUAAAUAAUGAUAAUAAUAAUUAAUGACAACUAAGAGGAGGUAGAUCUACUCUCUUCUGAAGGCUAUGAAAAUUAAAAAAAAAAAAACAUCCGAGGCUCUCUUCUUUUUCCAGAGUUGUGCUCAGGUUCUCAUA